GGUCUGGGCCAUUAUUUUGUCCUCCUCAAGCUUCAAAUGAACAACAGGCUAAGCGCUCCCUGAAAUGAAUUAAAUAUUAAUUCGCGGAAAGAGCUUUUUUUUUCUCUCCUGCCCACCAGCGCCGACACACAUGGAGUAUCUCGGUCAAUAGCUCGUUGUCUCGCCGGGCUGUUCAGUCCUCCGUUGGACUUGGAGGCCGAAAACAGUGCGCGGAGUGACAGCCCCGUUAAAGCCAGCAGCAGCAGACUGGGUGUUUAUCUAGCUGGCUAGCCACCUAGCUAGCUUCCUAGACAGCUAAGAGGGGAGGAAAAACCACCAAAGGACCAUUUCAUAACCUUGGAAAGAAGGAGCUGUGGCUGUCCCAGUCCCGUCACACACGCAGCGGGGAUGGCACACCUUCGAGACAUGCAAAACCAGAAUACUCGGCUGGACCCCGAGGAGUACUUCACCAAGCAGGAGCGGAUCGGAAAGGGUUCUUUCGGCGAAGUCUACAAAGGCAUCAACAACCGAACCAAGGAGGUGGUGGCGAUUAAAAUUAUAGACCUGGAGGAGGCCGAGGAUGAGAUAGAAGACAUUCAACAGGAGAUCACGGUGCUGAGCCAGUGUGACAGUCCUUUUGUCACCAAAUAUUAUGGAUCAUACCUGAAGGGGACCAAGCUGUGGAUUAUCAUGGAGUAUUUAGGUGGAGGAUCUGCUCUGGAUCUGCUCCGUCCGGGGCCUCUCGAAGAGACUUACAUCGCUACUAUACUGAGAGAAAUACUAAAGGGGCUGGAGUAUUUGCACUCUGAAAGGAAGAUUCACAGAGAUAUUAAAGCCGCCAACGUGCUCUUAUCAGAGCAGGGAGACGUGAAGCUGGCGGAUUUUGGGGUGGCGGGGCAGCUGACCGAUACUCAGAUCAAGAGGAACACGUUUGUCGGCACGCCUUUCUGGAUGGCUCCAGAGGUCAUCAAACAGUCAGCCUACGACUUUAAGGCCGAUAUCUGGUCCCUGGGAAUUACUGCCAUUGAGUUGGCCAAAGGGGAACCCCCCAACUCUGACCUACACCCCAUGAGAGUCCUCUUCCUCAUCCCCAAAAACACUCCACCCACACUUGAAGGCCCAUACAGCAAACCUUUUAAAGAGUUUGUGGAGGCUUGUCUAAAUAAAGACCCUCGUUUUAGGCCAACCGCCAAAGAGCUUCUGAAGCACAAGUUCAUAACACGUUACACCAAGAAGACGGCCUAUCUGACAGAGCUAAUUGACCGUUACCGCCGCUGGAAAUCUGAGGGCCACGGAGAGGAAUCCAGCUCAGACGACUCAGAUAUGGACCCUGAUGGUGAUGUGGAACAGUGUCCUAUGUGGACUUUCCCUACAGUCAGACCCAGCUCCAUGAACAAGUUACAGAAGGGCUACACACACACAGAUUCAGAGUCAGGAGAUUCUGUGAAAAGGCAACCCAAGUCUCAGUGCUUGUCUGCUUUGGUAACGCCCAUCUUCAGAGAGUUGAAGGAGAAGCGGCGGGCAAGUGGAGGUGGAGUCGGAGCCAUUGAGGAGCUGGAAAACGCCUUCAACCUGGCAGAGGAGUCUUGUCCGGGCAUCUCAGACCGCCUCGUCACACACAUGAUGGAGAGAGUGUGCAGGUUUUCUUUAAAUGGUAACACCACCCCGUCUUCACGGUGAAACCCCAGGCUGGAUGUAACUUAACCUUGCCCCCACCCCUCUUUUUUUCCCCCCCUUGUCUCCCAGUCCCACCCAGCUUCUCAGAUAAGGACCACAGAUGAUCCAACCAACUCCAACCCCUCGUACCUUUGCGUCCUCCCCCUUCCUGUCCCUGAAGAGGUCUUUUAAUUAGUUAUAAUUAAAUAUUUUUACAGUGUUUCUUUAAGAGCGGAGAGUAUUUAAGACAAAAAAAGCCAUGACAUUUAGAGCGUUGUGUAUACCUGUUAGAGUGAGAACAACUAUAAUUAAAGUCUAUGGAAAAUG